AUGAAGUUUUCUGGUUGGAAAGGCUGGGGCGGGUUCGACAGAGGAGGAAACGCCCAGGGAAUCGAUGAGAAUAGCAAGACAAUUUCAGCGCAAUCUACGUUCAUACUGUCAAAAGACGAUGACGAAGACUGGGGCUUCAAACUUGCAAAUACAACAUCAUUCAACAUCGAUUCAAAUGAAAAGAAAAUCGGUCACAAUAUUCAUUGGGUCGAGAAAGGCGGCCCCGCCGAGUACGCGGGUCUUCGUGAUGGCGACAGACUACUUGCUGUUGAAGACGUUGAUGUGACGGACUACGCCCACGAAGAGGUUAUUGCCUUGCUUGAGAAAGCGCAAGAGGCGUGUGAAGUCAAGUUACUCGUUCAAUACACUGAGUCUAUUGAUGCUUACACUCCGCACGAUGUCGAAAUGGUUAAGAAGCCCGGCGAGACCUUUGGUUUCCAUCUCUGGUUCGACGACCAAGGGCACUAUGUCGAAGAUGUUACAAUUGGCUCCAUUGCAGAUAAAGCCGGUCUUAAAGUGGGCGAUCGUGUGAAAGAAGUCAACCACAGAAACAUCGAGCUCGAGAUACACGAAAACUGUGUCUCCCGAGUUCGUGAAAGUGGCGACACUGUUCACUUGAACGUCAUGUCCGUCCAGGCGGAUCAGCUUCGCGAAGUUGUUACCCCUAGACGAGUCCUCCUGACUAAAGAAAAGGGAACGUUCGGAUUCUACAUCAACCAAGAUGACAAAGGACACUAUUUUGAGCUCGUUCAGGCUGGCUUAGCUGCAGACAAAGCUGGAGUAUCUACUGGUGAUCGUUUGAUUGAAAUUGGUCGUGUUUCUCUCGAAGGACAAAAUCAUGACUUUGUCGUGAAUAAAAUCAAAUCUGCUGGAGAAAGUAUAGAAAUCACCAUCCUUUCGACUCGAAAAGAACUGCCGCAAAUGCAAGCCGACGAGUUGUUGGAAGACUCGCCGAUUUUCGCUCAGCUUCUUGGAAAAGAAAAGAUUGAUUACAAGGUGGCUCCAAGAAUGUUCCAAAAUAGACGACGCAGAGGAAAGCAAGAAAAGAGAGGAACGAAUUUUAAUAAUCCUUCAAAGGCUAAAGCCGAAGGAGAAGGUGAUGCGGAAAGCACUGAAGGAGACAAAAAUAAGCUUCGAAAGCGCAAGAAAAACGCGACGGAAAGAAAGUCAAAUUCGAUGCCGGCGAGGAUAAUGCGCAAGAAAAAGGAAGCUGUCGGAGAUGAUAAGGACAAAUUAUCAGAUGAUGACGAACAGAAGAAACAACGUCGUAAGCGAAAACAACGACGAGAUGAACCCGUUAACGACGAAGAAAAAAUCGAAAGACAUAAAGCUCUGCGGAAGAAAACAAACGCUGCCCGUAAAGGUCUUUUGAUGGACGGCAAAAAGUCCUCACGAAAGCUUGAAAAGACCCAAGCUGGAGAUUCAAAGCAAAAAUGGGACUGGGAAAUGGAUCAGGACACUAAACUCGGUGCCAUUGCCGAAGAAGCCGAAGCCGAGGCACCUGUUGGUCAGCUCGUUGAUUACUAA